AUGUCUACGGAAGGUCUCUUCGCGCCAGUACCAGGGGUUGAACCUACCAAAGGCGGCGUUUACCUAUGGCGUUACCUUCCAAGUGCAGUGGCUGCUAUCUUGUUCUUGAUCCUUUUCCUGGCCUCAUUUCUCUUUGUAUCUUGGAAGAUUUGGAGAACUCGUACCUGGUUUUGCAUUGCUUUUGCUACUGGUUGUUUUUUUCAAAUGCUCGGCUAUGGUAUACGAGCGGGUGCUCGCAACAAAACCAACAAGAUCAUGCCCUACGCCGUCCAAAAUAUGUUCAUCCUCGUCGCCCCGGCCCUCUUCGCUGCAUCCAUCUACAUGAUCCUCGGUAGGAUUAUUAGAGGCCUCAACGCCGACCGACACUCUCUCCUCAAGCCAGCAAAAUUGACAAGAACCUUUGUACUUGGCGACGUACUAUCCUUCAUGAUUCAAGGUGGUGGUGGCGGCAUGUCGGCAAUCCAGAAUCCGACUUUAGUAAAGUGGGCCGAAAGACUUGUUAUCUUGGGCCUUGUCGUCCAGAUCGUUAUUUUUGGCCUUUUCUGCGUGGUCUCUCUGGUAUUCCACCGUCGCAUGUUGCGCACACCAACAGCUGAGUCGAUCGGUACUAUCAUUCCCUGGGAGUCAACUCUAUAUAUGCUCUAUGGUGUCAGCCUUCUCAUCAUGGUUCGCUCCAUUUUCAGGGUCAUCGAGUAUGCUCAGGGGUAUACUGGAUAUGCUCUUUCUCAUGAGUGGACGUUAUAUGUAUUCGACACUGUAUUGAUGUGGCUUGUAACAGUUAUAUUUGCUUGGCGUUACCCCAGCCAUAUUACUGGGAGGCAUAGCCGCUUCAAUGGUGUUCUUCUCCAAGAAGUUCAACCUGACAAAUAG